AAAGAAAAAUGAAAAUUGAUAGAGCCUCUGCCUCAUUAAAGAAGAGCCUGAAAAGCAUAUCCUCCUAUUCUGCUCUUUCUUUUUCAUUUUUGCAUUCCAAUCCAAAAUAUAUAUACAUAUAUAUAUUUCUUGAAGAAAAAAUUAAAAAAAAUAUUUAAAUUCGUUGAAACCGAUAGACGUUGAUUUGAUCGAACCGACGACUAUAAUGCGAGGCCACGAUCGGAUCAACACGUGUUUACCGGACGAGUUGAUCGUCGAGAUAUUUCGCCGACUCGAUUCCAAGCCGAGCCGCGACUCCUGUUCUCUUGUCUGUAAGCGAUGGCUCUCACUCGAGCGGCUCAGCCGCACGACCCUCCGAAUCGGCGCCACCGGAAGUCCCGACCUUUUCGUCAAGCUACUUGCUCGCCGCUUCCUCAAUGUCCGUAGCGUCCAUAUGGAUGAACGUUUGAACAUUUCGCUCCCAGCUCAGCCCGGAAGAAGGCGUGGAAGUGGGCAUUCGACGCUUUCUUCUCUGAAGCUGCAUCACGUUAACGACAAAAAUGGGGCUGAAGAUGGCGGGUUUGAAUCGUACAGUCUAUCUGAUGCUGGGUUGACUGCCCUCGGCGAAGGGUUUCCUAAACUUGAGAAGCUGAGCUUGAUAUGGUGCUCUAACGUGUCGAGUAUGGGCUUAAUAUCACUUGCCGAAAAGUGUAUAUUUUUGAAAUCUUUGGAUUUACAGGGUUGCUAUGUUGGAGAUCAGGGUAUAGCUGCUGUUGGGAAGUCUUGCAAGCAGCUUGAAGAUUUGAAUUUGCGGUUUUGUGAGGGCUUAACUGACAUGGGUUUGGUUGAAUUAGCCCUUGGUUGUGGGAAAUCGUUAAAAUCUAUUGGUAUUGCAGCUUGUGCAAAGAUCACUGAUAUCUCAUUGGAAGCAGUGGGGUUGCACUGCAAAUCUCUUGAGACCCUUUCAUUGGAUUCUGAGUUCAUCCACAAUAGAGGGGUUCUUUCAGUGGCCCAGGGAUGUCGAUCUCUGAAAGUUUUGAAGCUACAAUGUAUAAAUGUUACAGAUGAUGCUCUGAAAGCUGUAGGCACUUGUUGUUUGUCAUUGGAAUUGCUAGCUUUAUAUAGCUUCCAAAGAUUUACUGAUAAGGGUUUACGUGCCAUUGGGAAUGGAUGCAAGAAGUUAAAAAAUCUUACUCUAAGUGAUUGCUAUUUUUUGAGUGACAAGAGUUUGGAAGCAAUUGCAAUUGGCUGCAAGGAGCUUACAUAUCUUGAAGUUAAUGGAUGCCACAAUAUUGGAACUAUUGGAUUGGAAUCUAUUGGGAAAUCUUGCCCUUGUCUCACUGAGUUACAAUUGUUGUACUGCCAAAGGAUUGGAAACUAUGCACUUCAUGAGGUUGGAAGGGGUUGUAAGUUCUUGCAAGCUCUUAACUUAGUAGAUUGCUCGAGUAUUGGGGAUGAAGCCAUUUGCAGUAUAGCCAUAGGCUGUAGGAACCUGAAGAAACUUCAUAUACGUCGAUGUUAUGAGAUUGGAAACAAGGGAAUCGUAGCUAUCGGAGAGAAUUGUAAGUCCCUGACAGAUCUUAGCCUCCGAUUUUGUGAUAGGGUGGGCGACGAAGCCCUUAUUGCCAUUGGUCAGUGUUCCUCUUUACAAUAUUUAAAUGUCAGUGGUUGCCACCAAAUUGGUGAUGCUGGAAUGAUAGCCAUUGCAAGAGGUUGCCCUCUACUCACUUACCUCGAUGUAAGUGUUCUCCAGAAUUUGGGGGAUAUGGCAAUGGCAGAACUAGGGGAAGGUUGUCCAAAUCUCAAAGACAUAGUGUUGUCUCAUUGCCGGCAAAUAACAGAUGUUGGUCUAGCGCAUCUUGUGAUAAACUGCACGAUGAUUGAAACCUGCCACAUGGUUUACUGCCUAGGCAUAACUUCAGCUGGAGUUGCGACUGUGGUUUCAAGUUGUCCGAACAUAAAGAAGGUUCUGGUGGAGAAAUGGAAGGUUAGCCCAAGGACAAAACGGAGGGCAGGCUCUGUUAUUUCCUACCUCUGUGUGGACCUCUAAAUUCCACUUCAAUUGCUAUAUGUUUCCUGCAGCAGCAACACAAAAGAACAAACAGAAGCCAUCCCAGGGCCAAGUCUUGGCACUCUCCAAGCUAAUAAGCAAUGUUAUUGUUUGUUUAUAUGCCGAAUGUUGCCUUUCAAAUUUUUUUUUUUAAUUGUUUUUAUUUAUAUUUAUUUGCCUUUCCUCACUCUCAGUUUCUGGGUCAUGUAUGUAACAAAGUUUAUUGUACGGAAGAUAUGUCUUGUAGGAAAUGUUAUGAUUUGAAAUGAAUAAAUUACAUGAUUUGAAGCUAAAAUUUAAAUGAAAA